GUACAUCUCUUUACUUCUCGUCUCGCGGAGAAGAACUGUAGCAGUAAAUUUGAAGUCAUGCUCUUUCUUUUUGCCAUGAUUAGGAACCGAUCAGGCAUUUUCUCGAAUCGCAACGACAUCAUCGUCUUCGCUACAUCCCAAUUUCUUCCCAUUCCAACCCAUCCUCCUCCCCACUGACCAUCUACCCAUUUCUGCCUGCUCUGUCGGUUUUUGAAGUGAUUAUACUUUUAUCUCAGUUGAAUCUGUUCCGGAUUUAGGUUAUGACCUGAUUUUUAUUGCUCCUUUUGUAUUUUUCUUGAGUUGAAAUCUGGAGCAUUUGUGUAUGAUUAGACAUUUAGACAGAUUUACUGUUUAAAUCUAUGUAGGAGAGAUUCUUCAACUAAGUGCGCCUUUCCGUCUUUUAGUCGGGUAAAAUUUUGAAAAGUUCGUAAAUACUUCUUAUUCCAGAUUUGGUGAAGAAUUGUGCUUCUUUCCUGAAGAUAGUUGCAGAACUUCAUGCUACAAAGAGGUCCUUCCGCUUAGAUUUACUUGUAUUUUGAAGAAUAUCAUCUUUCAGUUUUAUUACUUUAUAAUGAGAGGGAGAAAUACCUUCACUUAACUUUAGUUCUGAGUUCCCUCCUUCGGUCUUGGUGUAGACACAGGAAUGAAGUUCUUUAUGCAUAUGAUAUGUGCCUUGUGAAGUGAAGCUUUCUUUCAAAUUGUGCCACUUUUGUUGUGGACUAUUAAGGUAUAUCCUAAGCAAAAACCAAAAAAGUACUUAGCCUGGAGGCUAGAGUCAGUUGUCCACUUUUCCUUUUUGGAGCAAUCAAAAUUAGUUGUCCAAUUAUCAUAUUUAGUAGUAGAACGAUUGUGAUGUGUAAAAAGUAUCCCUUAAAGAGCAUAUUAGCAUUAUUUUCAUCAAUGAAGGGCAAGAUGAGAUAUUUUGGAAAGUAGAGAACUAAAUUUAGAGAUAUACUCCCUCCGUCCCAGAUGGGGAUACCUUAACAAACCACAGAUUGUGAUAACCACACGAAAAACAGCAACAGACCGAGUGUGAUUUCUCAAGCGGAGUUUGGGGAGGGUAAGAUGUUCGCACACCUUACCUCUAUAGAUAGUAAUACAUUGUUAGUUUACACCGUAUAUACCAUACUUGAACACAUUCAAACCAAUGUGGAUGCUAAAAAGUUAUUCUGUUAUAAGUGUUUGUUUGAGCAGUGUAUAAUUGUCUAUGAUUUACAUAUUAAAUAGCUUUCAGUUAGUAUUUCUUGUUAGUUUUGUUGCAGUGGUUGGUUAUUAUCAAAUUGUUAGCAUUUGAUGCUGGAUGACUCCUGGAACUGGUCUUUAGAUAUAGCAUUUGUUUCUUAGUAGUUAUUGAAGAUGUCAAGUGGGAGGUACACACACUGGUGUUACCAGUGCACACAGCCGAUUAAGCCUAGAGGGUCUGAUGUUCUUUGCCCAUACUGCCAAGGAGGUUUUGUGCAAGAUCUCAGUGAGGUAGUGAGAGGCGGAGAACAUGGACAUUUUGGUUCAGUUAUGGAUGAUGAUGAUAAUCAUAAUCACUCUAGAUUGAGGGAAACUUUCCCUGACCCAGGAUUAGUGGAUGCACUUGAAGCAUUCGUGAGGCAAAGAAUGGCCGGAAGAAACCCCAAUUAUGAUAUUCGGUCAAGAUCUGGCAUUUUGCCAGAAAACAAUAUGGCUUUUGGUUCUGGGCCAUCUGGCCCAUGGCUGGUAUUUCAUGGUCAAUCUCCUGUUCGUAUGGCGCCCGAUGAUGCGUUUGAGUACUUUUUCAAUGGAAGUUCAAGAACGGGACAUCGCCAAGCUAAUCUUGAUGACUUCUUUAUGGGGUCUGGACUGCAGCAUUUGAUUGAGCAGCUUAGUAUGAAUGGCAGACAGGGCCCACCACCGGCACCACGUUCUGCAAUUGAUGCCAUGCCCACCAUCAGGAUUACCCAGAGGCAUACGAGUGCUGAUUCACAUUGCCCAGUUUGUCAAGAUGAGUUUGAGUUGGGGUGUGAAGCCAGGCAGAUGCCAUGUAACCACUUAUAUCACUCUGAUUGUAUUGUUCCUUGGCUGGUCCAGCACAACUCUUGCCCAGUUUGCCGCCUUGAACUACCACCACAUGUUUCUGGAAGAAGGCGCAUCGAUUGGAGUUCAAGAUCCAGUGGGUCAGGCAGCAACAACACAGGGCUCAGCAGCAACAACAACCAGAACCAGGGAAGAAGGAAUCCUUUCUCGUUCUUAUGGCCUUUUCGCUCAUCCAAUCAGAACACUAGUAGCUCUGCAGCAGCAGACGAGGAUGAAAACGGAACAAAUUACUCUGGGUGGCAUCAUACAGACUGAGUGGCAUAUGCAAAAAAAAGGGCAGGUGGAGCUAAUACUAUAAGUGCAAGGGUGUUACUGCUUGGACUGGAAGUGAUUGUGGACAAAAUCAGUGAUCCCAAACCAAGUGUGCAAUCGGCGGUAGUGUGAAUGUUCCCAAUUUGUCAAGUAUCUUCAUAACUUUGUGACAAAAGCAUUGUGCUUUUUAUAGUAUUCUGUAUUUUUGUUUUCCCUUUGCCCAUAAUUCUUACUAUGUUACUCCCAUUGUUCAAAAGCGGUGUCUGUUUUUCUUUUUUGCCUGUCCCGAAAAAAUGUGUGUGUUUCUGUAUUUGGACAGUUUUAUUAUGUAAUUCACAAUGUUUGUCUCACCUGUGCAUCUAGUGAAAGCAAUAAGACACAUGGAAAAUG